GGAGACGUGUUGCAGUUCCCUCAUUUGUACCUGCUCAGUGGGGAAUUUGCAGUCAAGACAGUCCCUUAUAGCCAAGAAAUUCCAGCAAGCUGGCUAAGCAAAAGGGACAUAUCCCAGAAGUAGAAGGAAGAAGGAGUAACAAAGUGGAGUCAGUUUUGUGUAGGUGUUUCCUGCAGUGUUUUGGAAAUACUAGUCCUUUCUGGAAGCGUGAGAAGACAGCAAUCUAUUUUCUUCCACAGUAGAAAUGGUUUCUAUCACAACUGGAAAUGUCACUCAACUUUACAACAUCAUGGCCACCCAGGAGCUCACAGUCAGUCCAGCAAAUUUCCGCAAUCAUUCAGGAGCACAUCAGCUUUAUCAAUAUAAAUGUGUUAAUGCAGAAAUAUGGAAAUGGCUACAGGAUUUUCAGCCUGCAUUCCUCUGGUUUAUUUUUAUUUUGGGAGCAAUAGAAAAUUCCUUCGUCCUCAUCGUCCUGUGUUUCCACAAGAGUCGCUGCACAGUGGCUGAAAUAUACUUAGCAAACAUGGCACUUGCUGACCUAUUGCUAGUUUGUGCUUUACCAUUUUGGGCCAUUAAUAUUUCUAAUAAUUAUCAAUGGCCUUUUGGCCUGUUUCUCUGUAGAGCUGUCAACAUAAUGAGCAACAUGAACUUUUAUUCCAGCAUUUAUUUCUUGACGCUAGUGAGCAUUGACCGCUAUCUGGCCUUGGUGAAAACCAUGUCUCUUGGACGGAUGCGACGAGCUGUCUGUGCCAAAUGGAACAGCUUUGUAGUCUGGUCGUGUGCAUUACUCCUAUGUUCACCUUCAAUCGUGUUCAGAAAUUUACAGUAUUACAAAGAAUACAACAUAACAGCCUGUGGUCUUCUCUACCCGGCCAGCUACUGGGUGCCUAUCCAGAACUGCUUGCUGAAUAUUGUGGGCUUUGUGAUCCCACUCUGUAUAAUCUCCUUUUGCACUGCACAAAUUAUCAAAACCUUAAGAAGCAGUGAGAUACAGAAACUGAAGGUAGUCCAGACAGAGAGGAAAGCCACCAUGCUGGUCCUUGCUGUGCUCUUGCUUUUCAUUGUUUGCUGGCUUCCAUUCCAGAUCACCACCUUCGUCAACACAAUCAGUUACUUCCUACCCACUUUCAAAUGCCUGGAAGAAAUCAAUGACAUACUGACUGAGAUCGCUGCGUACUGUGCCUUUAGCAACAGCUGCCUGAACCCAGUUCUGUAUGUAAUUGUUGGGAAGCAUUUCCAGAAGAAGGCUGUGGAAUUCUUCGAGGGAUUGGUCCCAAAAAGGUGCAGAAAAUCAAAGUCUGUGCAGACAGGAAAUUCCCUGGACACUUUAAGAACUUCUAUUUCAAGUGAAUACCCAAGGAAAAAGUCUGAUUUCCCAUUACAAAAAUAGCACAGGUUGUUCAUUACAGGAAAACACAUAUCUAACACGUCAGUACCUGCUAAUAUCCAUCUGCCAUUGGUCCACAGAAUAAGUGUCUUGUAGUAUUCACCAUAUGUGGGAAUUCAACAGUUGGAUCUUAAUGGAAACUCCAUACAGAGAUGUGCUUCUAAUGCUAUUAAACAUUUUUCAUUAUUGAAUCCUACUUUGUAACAUGCUUCACAUUUUCAUGGUUGAAUAAUUUUGAUGCAUGUGUCAUUUGAAAUGUUUGCAUUUCUGAGAUGUACAUACAUGUGUGGACAGUUCUCUGAGUAAAUCCCCAGUAUAUAAGCUAUUUUCAGGCUUGUGCAACUACUUAUGGUACCCGCACAGUUUGCUAGGCUAGAUGUUUUAUAAGAAGGGCUUGUAUUUGAGUGAUCUCUGGUAAAUGAAUCCUGUAGGACUAUUACUCAGAUGUAUUUUUAGCUGUGAGCAUCUUCUGGGCUUGUACUUUUUCUGUUCAGUCAACCAAAACUAUUGGGGUUGUAAAAUUGACAAGCUGUGCCUUUCUGCAACUGCUCUGCCUCUGCUCGUUACAGGUUUACACCACCUUGUAUGCAUGGAAAGCAACUCAAUAAAGGCAAAAGCAGUAGUGGAAGGAAGGCUGCAGCCAGCUGCAUUAAGUUAGCUGGGUUUUCUUUGUAGCAGGAUGUUCUUUACCCCUUCUGUAUGGGGGUUAAAGCAUUCCCUUGCUCCUUUUGAGUGGGCCAACGUCAGUUACAUUCAUACCUGCGCUUCAGCUCACAGACUUAGUUUUUACUGUUCACAAAAUAAAUAUUUGUGAUGUGAUUUAAUGGAAACAUAAAAUCUCAGCACAACUGGCAUAAGCUCAUGAGUAGGAGAAGCUGAGAAUAUGAAGGAGAGCACCAUCUAACUGUCUUAGAGAUCUAACUGAAGAUAGUAGGCAUCUUAAGAGUUCAGAGAAUUCAAGAAUGGCCCUUUCUGACUCUAAUGCUACCUACAUUUUAUUUGUGGAGUUAAUCUCAGUUAUUUUAAUACAAGAUAGCUUUUCCCCAGUUGGACUGGGUUUGUGAUCUAGGUUGAGUUUAUACAGAAGAUACAUUCUUUGUGUACUCAACUGUCAGUACACAAUUUUACCUCUAGGAACCAUAAUCAAAAAACUCAAUUUGGAAGGAUACUAAAUCUUCUGAAACUAAUACAGACUUUGCUGUUUUCAAAGCACUUCAGUUUACAACCUUAGAACCACCAAGGGAAAUGGAGUUUGGCGACAUAAGUAAACUCAGACUGCUACUGUGUGCUCUUUAUUCAUCAGAGCUUGUAUGGAGAGAUGAAGUUCCAUUAAUGAUGGGAAAUGUAUAUUAAACCUUCAAGUAACUGAACUAAAAAAUGCUCUAGAAGUGUGCAGAUGUGCUACAAAAACUAUUGAAUUUAGAUCACUGUAGGUGAUUUAUAGACAAUUUCCAUAGGUUUUCUUUAAUAAACAGUAGAAUCCUGUGUCAUAAAUUCUUCUAUUGUUCAUUCUUCAUAUUGUUCAAGACACCUAUUGAUGAAACACUGCAAGGCUUUCUGUUCUCUCCAGUGUUAUCAAUACCAUCUUGUUCAUGAGCACGGUGUUCACUCAACCAUUAAUUUAAAGGAACUCCAUUCAAAGGUUAUUGAGGCAAUGGAAAAUAUUUUUUGAGUAUUUGGUACU